UUUAUUUUAACUAGACUUUCAAAUUGUGUCUGUGUGUAUUGUGGGAUUGGUAAUUGGAUGAAAUAUGGAGUUUGCAACUCAAGUGCUAUGUGACAUCUUCAUUUUGUGUGUGUGUGUGUGUGUGUGUGUGUAUGUAUGUGUGUGUGUGUGUGUAAUGCACACAAAAUUGAGAGAGUCAGAGCUUGGUGUUUUAGGCUGAGUGGGUGGGUGUUUUCUCACAAAUAACCUUCUGUAAGCUUGUGUUUGUACAAGGAAGUCAAAAAAGGUCACUACUGCUGUAAAUUAAGAAAAAUGCUGAGUAGCUCUGCAUUUUGAAUUGUGAUAGAAUCUAUGAAUUUUUGAAAUUGUGCUGUGUGUUUUUAGUAAUUACAAUUUUAGUCCUAAUGGUAUAGGGCCCUCUUUUUUCUGGCACCCUUGUUAGUGCCCUAAGGCUGAGUUACUAACAGCAGGCAACUCAGAGUGAGACAGGAAAGAUUCAGAAUUUGUUUUAAAGGCGUGUUGCCUGGCCGAGGAAAAUGAACGUUUAGAUUUCCAUGUCAUCAUGCAUAGACUACACAACACAGGGGUCUGGUGAGAAUUUCAAAAGGCUUUGCUGAGUUUUACAAAUUGCCAGAGACCAAUAUAAUGACCAAGUGUUUAGGAUUCACCCCAGUUCUGGACUGAAGCCUGCUGGGAGGACUUGGAAAGAUUGCUAAUUUGCGGAUCCACUGUCACGUGAUUUACAUAUUUUGUUAAAGUAAUAUUUUGGGUUCAAUACAAGUUAAGCUUAAUCGACAGAAUUUGUGACAAUGUUGAUUACCACAAAAAAAUAAUUUCGACUCCUUUAAAAAAAGCAAAAGUCAAGGUUAUAGUGAGGCACUUAAAAUGAAAGUGAACGGGGCCAAUUUUUGGAGGAGUCAAAGGAAGAAAUGUGAAGCUUAUAAUUUUAUAAUAGCAGUUACAUUAAUUCUUUUGUUAAAACUUGUGUAUUAUUUGAGCUGUAGAAUUGUUCAAAUUGUCGUUUUUAUGUUUGUUUUAGGGUUUUUGAUGUUACAUAACAUUUUGUAAGUGAUUUUAUUACACUAAAAUCAUGCUAACACGCAUAUUUUUUUACAUCAUGUGGCUUUACUUUUGAAAGAGUGAGUAUUUUAACAUUUACGGAUUGGCCCCAUUCACUUCCAUUGUAAGUGCCUCAUUGUAACCCAGAUGUUGCUUUUUUGUGGUAAUCAACAUUAUGCUACAAAUGCUGUUGAUUGAGCUUAACUUGAAUUGAGGCCAAAAUAUUCCAGAAUAAUUAUUUAGAGUUUGCACAACAAAUUCAGCGUUAUGAAUGAACGUUACACACGUUUUCUGACAUUGCAUCAAGCACUUUACAUAGUGAACAAGGGGUUGUCCUCAACCACCACCAGUGUGCAGCAUCCACCUGGAUGAUGCAACGGCAGCCUUAGUUCGCCAGAAUGCUCACCACACACCAGCUGUUGGUGGAGAGGAGAGAGUAGAGUAAUAGAGUCAGUUAAUGGAUGGGGUUUAUUGGGCCAAUUGAUAAGGGCCAAUAGGGGAAAUUUUGUUAGGACACCUGGGUUGCACCCCUACUCUUUUACGAGAAGUGCCCUGGGAUUUCUAAUGACCACAGAGAGUCCUAGGGUUAACAUCUCAUCCAAAAAUCCUGUGCCUUUUUUUCAGUACAGUGUCCCCAUCACUAUACUAGGGCAUUAGGACCUACACAGACUGCAGGCCAUUCAUCAUACCCUCUGUCACCUGGCUCGUUCUGUCUUUGGUCCUGGUGAUUCCUAGCCCCCCUUCAUUCCUCUCCCACCUCCUGCAUUUGUCAAAGUGUCCUGUCUUCCAUCCAAAGUUCUCGGUCUAUCUGCUCCACACCUGAGACUAUAGACUAUCUCAGGGCGAGAGGCUUCGGUCGGCUGGUGAUCACUCCCCUACCAACAUGCACAACAGCUGUGACUUAUAGCUCUGGAUUCUGUCUGCUUCUUCAUCACUUGCCUUGAUCAUCCCUUCCAUCAUUCACAAGAGAAUCAGACUUUAGAACAGCUUCCUGAAUCUACUCUUGUCAGUCACUGGAAAGCUGGAUUGCUGAAUUGAGCCAGUAAAACAAACUAUUGAAAUUUCAUACAGCAGUUGAAAUAGAAUGAUCAUUCAUAACUGAAUUAUUUAAGGGCUGUCAUAUAUCUGAGAGAGAAUAUAUGUGGGCUAUCUCCAGUCGACCUGUGGACAUCUCAUCAUGACAACAGUAAGUAAAUGUUGAUCUUUGACCUCUGUAAUGCCUGGAAAGAUGAAAUGUUGAUGCUUUUUCUGUCAUUAAGUUAUAUACUGGAGUAUUAAACAAGUUAUAAGCCUGGUUUACACUGCCCCAACAAACAGCAACAUUUCAAACAAACAAAGCUGACUGUUGAAUUUGGGAAACAAACUGUCAUGGGACCCUUUUUACGGACUGAUGACGAAUCUCUGCCUUAAAUUACCAACGUAAAUCUAGCAAAUUUUUUAUAUUAGAUUUUUUUUUAAUUAUUAUUUAAUUUACAUUUAUCACAUUAUUCUUUGUGUUAUUUUACCCUGGCAUUCAUAUAAAAGAAAAAGAAAAGUCAACACUGCUGCAAUGGGAUCUCAAGUUCAGCUGCUGAAGGAGUGACAGUAAAUUUGUUAUUUUUUUCUUUUCUGACUGCUGUAAUUCACUGCUCUCUGUUUUUCUUUUGCAAAAAGGAACACAAAUAUUAUAUAUACAGGGUUGUGAGGGUUACUUUUGAAAUGUAUUCCACUACAGAUUACAGAAUACAUGCUGUAAAAUGUAAUUUGUAACAGUAUUCCGUUAGAUUACUCAAGGUCAGUAAUGUAUUCUAAAUACUUUGGAUUACUUCUUCAGCACUGGUAGAUUUUUUCACUUGUUUUGACUAUAAAAACUCUGCCAGAACAGUAAGACAAAAUACAUGUUAAAAAUACAUUCUCUGAAAAACCUAAAUAUCUUAUGCAGUGUUGUUUCUAAAACAAGAUAAAUCAAAUUGAUCUUGUUUUAAGGAUUUUUAGAUAUUUUUUUACAGGAAAACAAUAAAAAAAUAUAUUAUCUAAAAUAUGAUUUUUGCCCUAAUAUCAAAGGUCUUACUAGAAAAAAGAAAUUAUGAUCCAACGUGAAUUUUCUUGAUAAAAAAAUAUGAUCGUGCCUGGUAACAUGUGCAUGUAAAAUGGCUAGAAAUAGCAUUUUAGCUUAGCGUAAAGAUGACAAUAUACACAAGGUUUAUUUCUAUUUCUUGUGCUCCAAACUUAUUUCAAACUUAAUCCUCUGUCUGCUCGUAUGAAUGUAACACAUCAUAAGAAAGUGUUUCACUGCUGUUCAAAUGCACUUUGGAUCGCAUCAAUUAAAUGUUUAAAUGUUUUCCAUCUGAAAGGACUAAAUAUUAAAUGAAACAAAUGACAAUAAAAUGCAAAGUAAUCUCUUCAGUAAUCAAAAUACUUUUUGAAUGUAACUGUAUUCUAAUUACCAAUGAUUUAAAUUGUAAUUGUAGUGGAAUACAGUUACUUAUAUUUUGUAUUUUAAAUACGUAAUCCCGUUACAUGUAUUCCAUUACUCCCCAACCCUGUAAUAUAUAUAUAGUUGUAAUCAAAAUUAUUCAACCCCCCCAAGACAGUAAGGAUUUACAAAGGUAAGCUUUUCUAAUGACCCAGACUUUUUUAACUUUACAUCUAUAUCAGUUGAGUGACACAUUCAAAGUCAUAGUGUGAAUUUAUAACAUAAUAUUUGUAAAUAGCAGAAUUUUUUUAAAUACAGCCAUGUCAUAAUUAUUCAACCCCUAUUGCAUGUAGGUGUUUCUUAAAUACGUGAGGCUACACAAGUAAUUGUUUUAAAACAAAUUUAAGUCAUCACUCUACAAUGGCACUUAUUUAAGUUUUAAAAUGUAAUUUUAGCGUUGUAAGCAAAAAUGUAUUUCUAUGCAAAAAAAGCAAUUAAACAUAAGCUGUCUCAAAAACUAAUAGAGGAGAUUAUUUCAUUACAUAAGAAAAGGCCAUGGCCAAAAUGACAUUUCUAAGGCUCUUCAAUUUCCAACAGACAAAGUUGGCAGCACCAUUCAUACAUUUUUUAAAUAUGGUACAACAGCAACCUUCUUGGGGUGUGGAAGAAAGCAAAACUUCACCAAGGGAAAUGUUGACUUGAAUAUUCAAGAAGUAAUAGGAAAGAAGUAGGAAAGACCUGUGGAGUCCUGGAAGAAGGUUUUAUAGAUGUUUGACACUAAACUGAAAAUGAGUUUUAGACCCAUGGGUCAGCAGUACGUCUGGUGUAAGAUGACAAGCUGAUGACAAGAAUGACACCAUCCCCACAGUCAAGCAUGGAGGUGGGUCAGUCCUGUUAUGGGGGUGUUUUGCGGUUACAGGAAACGGCUAUCCUGACUAUGUGACUGACACCAUGGAUUCUUUCAGGUAUCAGGCCAUUUUGGCAUGAAAAUGUGAUGCCUUCAGUGUGUAAAUUGAAGCUCGUGAUCACUGGACUUUCCACCAAGACAAUAAAACCAAAGAUACAUCCAAGUUGUCCAAAAUCUGGUUCAGGGAUAGGUCAUGGAAUGUCCUUAAAUGGCCCUUUCAGUCCACACCUUUGUUGGGAUUUCAAGGAAGCAGUGGCAGUAAUGCUUCCAAUUCUCCCCUUCUUUUUUGGUGAUACAUUCCUUGCAGGUGAUCAAAGGUGGUAGUGUUUAUUUCUUUUUCUCUCUUUUUUUUUUCCCAAACCUUUCAUUACACAUGGCAGUGGGUUUAUUUGCAGUGUUUGGGGACUGACUGAUGUUUGGCAUCCUGUUGAGUUUGACAUGGGGCACCUCUUCACCCCCGUCCCUCGGAGCUAACAAGCCUCUGGAGGAAGAGUCCCUCUAAUUAGGGUCAAAGACAACACUCAGUAUCAACCCGCUGUCUCAGUUUCUCCCUCAGGGUCUAGAUUGUCUUUGCUGUUCCCAGGACAGGAAGGUGUAGGACCAGAUGCCCUCUCGUUUUGGCACUGCUGUGCGGAUCUUCACUACCACCUUGUUUGCAGCAGUGGUGCUUUUUGCCAUCCUGCUGGCCUAUGUGACAGGUUACCAGUUUAUCCACACCGAGCGGCAUCACCUCUCUUUUGGCCUCUACGGUGCCUUUCUAUCCCUCCACCUCCUGCUGCAGAGCCUCUUCGCCUUCCUGGAACACAGGCAAAUGCGGGGUACCUCCAGACCCCAGCACCUGCGGCACACCGUGGCCCUCUGCAUUGCAGCCUACCAGGAGGAUCCGGACUACCUCCGCAAAUGUCUGCGGAGCGUUCGGCGCAUUUCCUUUCCCGACCUUAAAGUAGUGUUGGUGGUGGAUGGGAACCGACAGGAAGAUUCCUACAUGAUGGAUAUCUUCCAGGAGGUGAUGGGGGGAGUGGAGCAGACAGGUUGUGUGGUGUGGAAGGGGAAUUACCAUAGCGACGGAGAUGGAGGAGGACGGAAGGGCUCACUGCAUGCAGAUGAGGCUGCACAGGUGGCCAGGGUGGUGCGGAGCUGCCAGUAUUCCUGUAUCAUGCAGGAGUGGGGAGGCAAAAGAGAGGUGAUGUACACAGCCUUCAAAGCCCUGGGAAAUACUGUGGAUUACAUACAGGUGUGCGAUUCGGACACUGUACUAGAUCCAGCAUGCACUAUUGAGAUGCUGAAGAUUCUGGAGGAGGAUCCGCAAGUGGGUGGAGUGGGAGGAGAUGUUCAGAUCCUAAACAAGUACGACUCCUGGAUCUCCUUCUUGAGCAGCGUCCGUUACUGGAUGGCCUUCAACGUGGAGCGGGCCUGCCAGUCUUACUUCGGAUGUGUGCAAUGCAUCAGUGGCCCGCUGGGAAUGUACCGCAACUCUCUCCUCCAGCAGUUCCUGGAGCCCUGGUACCACCAGACCUUUCUGGGCAGCAAGUGCAGCUUUGGUGAUGACCGGCACCUCACCAACCGUGUCCUCAGCUUUGGCUACAAAACCAAGUUCACAGCACGCUCACAAUGCCAGACUGAGACCCCCACACAAUAUCUUCGCUGGCUCAACCAACAGACCCGCUGGAGCAAGUCUUACUUUCGAGAGUGGCUCUACAACGCCCUCUGGUUCCACAAGCACAGUCUCUGGAUGACCUACGAGUCUGUGGUCACUGGGUUCUUCCCAUUCUUUCUAGUGGCUACAGUGAUCCACCUGUUCUACCGAGGUCGGUUGUGGAACAUCUUGCUCUUCUUGUUAACAGUCCAGCUGGUGGGCAUGGUGAAAGCCACCUACGCCUGCUUCCUACGAGGCAGCCUGGUCAUGAUCUUCAUGUCAUUGUACUCACUGCUCUACAUGUCAAGCUUGCUACCAGCUAAGAUCUUUGCCCUCUUGACUAUUAAUAAAGCAGGCUGGGGCACAUCUGGCAGGAAAAAGAUAGUGGUGAACCUGAUUGGAGCAGUGCCAGUGACCGUAUGGGUAGCCAUUCUGCUCGGUGGCGUGAUUUACACCAUCUACUGUGAGGUGCAAGAGCCCUUCAGUGAGACAGAGAAGGCACUUCUCAUCGCUGGUACUAUCCUCUAUGCCUGUUACUGGCUUAUAUUGCUAGUGCUCUACCUGGCCAUAGUGGCCAAGCGCUGUAACAAAAGAGAGGAACAGUAUCACCUAUCCUAUGCCGAAGCCUAGCAUGGACU